AUGGCUGCCAUCCCCCAGUUCUCAAGAUAUCCGUCGCCCCCCGCUCUCCCAGCGCUCUGGCUGCCGCUGCUCCUUCUCUGCGGCGUCGGCGCGUUGCUCAGCGGAGCCACGUUCUUCUUCCUGAAGGGGUUUUUCCUCUCGCGCAUCCAGCUGGAACAGUUUUCUUCCCCCGAAGUUCUCCCCUUCCCUCCGCUCUUUGCUCACCUCCACCCUGCACACGCGCCGGCGGAGCGACCCGACGCAGAGCGCGCCUCGUGGGAAACGCCGCGCCAAGAGGAAGAAAACCCGCAGCGAACCCCAAAUGCACACACUCCAUCUCGAAAUGCCUCCUCUAGUUCUUCGUCUCUUUCGUCGUCCUCUUCUUCAUCUCCUGGAUCUGCUUCCUCGGGUUCCUCGGGUUGGGUGUCAGUCUAUCCGUACGAGCAUCUCGUGCUGCUCCUCGUGGACGCUCUUCGCUUCGAUUUCGCUUUCUGGGAUCCUGGCAAGAAACCGCCGACGCUGCCGCCGCGCUUGGAAGCCUCGCCGCGCUUUUCGCUCUCUCCAGCGAACCCCGACCUCCACACCAAAGGGGCUCAACAUGGGCCUUCUUCUUCCUCUGCUUCGUCUUUUAGCUCUCUGGCGGAGCCUCAGUCCUCCUCCUCGGCGGCCUGGGCGGUGCCUCGCGAUCUGCGUUUCUUUUCGCGCUUCUUCGGCGAGAGCUCGUUGCCGGCGGGGGUCGGCGGCGAAGAUGGCAAAAACGCAGAGGGCGUAGAGGCCGCGGAGGGCGCAGAGGCCGCGGAGGCGCCCGCGCACCACAACAACAUGGAGGCGCUUCACUUUUUGCUUUCCCACGACAGGAAGCUCGAUUCGCGCUCGCCCUUCUCGUCGCGGCUCUUCGUCUUUGAGGCCGACGCCCCAACCGCAACCACGCAGCGACUCAAGGCCCUUGCGUCCGGGACUCUUCCAACGUUCUUCGAGGUGUGUGUCGGCCCCAAAGUCUUUCGAAAAGCCCAAAGAGCGCCCAGCUCUCGCGCGGGGAUUGCUUGUAUUCUCCGUGCCUCGACUCGCCGCGAGCAUACCUUCGAUUUGAGUGCUUCUGCGCUCGGCAGUCCUUUUCGUGAGACUCAGAAGAACUCCGCUGUCUCUAUCGAGGUUCGCGAGUCGUUCGCCUCCUCGCGCGUGACGGAGGACAACCUGCUGCUGCAGCUGCGCAAUCAAAGACGCGCAUCCGUCGCCCUCGGCGACGAUACCUGGGAGAGUCUGUUUGGCCAUCUGCUGACCGAGACGCGCUGCUUCCCCUCCUUUGACAUCCACGACAUCCACACAGUCGACGACGGUGUCCUGCGGCACUUGGGCACGUAUCUGCCUGUGCACCACACACUCGGACGACCCGCGCAGGCCUUGAAGUCCGCAAAUACGGAAAAGAGGCGUCGCCGUCUGCAUCUUUUUCUUCUUCCUCUCCAUCUUCCGCUACUUCCUUUUCUUCUUCCUCUUCUUCUCCGCCCUCUUCUUCGUCUUCUUCUCCGCCCUCUUCUUCGUCUUCUUCUUCGCCCUCUUCUUCGUCUUCUUCUCGCCUCUUCUUCGUCUUCUUCUCCGCCCUCUUCUUCGUCUUCUUCUCCGCCCUCUUCUUCGUCUUCUUCUCCGCCCUCUUCUUCGUCUUCUUCUCCGCCCUCUUCUUCGUCUUCUUCUCCGCCCUCUUCUUCGUCUUCUUCUCCGCCCUCUUCUUCGUCUUCUUCUCCGCCCUCUUCUUCGUCUUCUUCUCCGCCCUCUUCUUCGUCUUCUUCUCCGCCCUCUUCUUCGUCUUCUUCUCCGCCCUCUUCUUCGUCUUCUUCUCCGCCCUCUUCUUCGUCUUCUUCUCCGCCCUCUUCUUCGUCUUCUUCUCCGCCCUCUUCUUCGUCUUCUUCUCCGCCCUCUUCUUCGUCUUCUUCUCCGCCCUCUUCUUCGUCUUCUUCUCCGCCCUCUUCUUCGUCUUCUUCUCCGCCCUCUUCUUCGUCUUCUUCUCCGCCCUCUUCUUCGUCUUCUGCUCUGUCUUCUGCGCGUUCUCCUUGGUCGUUCGUGGCGGCGCAUUUCCUUGGCGUGGACCACGUCGGUCACAAGGCGGAAGUUCGAAGUCCGCUGAUGAGCGCAAAGCUGCGACAGAUGGAUCGAGUCCUUCUCAACGUCUCGGCCCAUCUGCUGCAGGCGCAACGCGCUGCCGCAGCCGCCUCAAGCGAGCGAGGGGGCGGCGCCGACGCCGAGUCUACGGUCUCUUCCUCGCAGUCUCUCUCCGCGGCAGAUCGCACACUCGUGAUGAUGAUAGGAGACCAUGGGAUGACCGACGACGGCGCUCACGGCGGGCCGCUAAGUGAAGAAGUCGACGCGGCGCUUUUUGCGUUCUCCCUCUUGCCGUUUUCCUUCUCCUCUGCGGACGUCGAGAGUCUGCUCGGCGCUUCGCUUCCGCUGUUCGCCUCGCCGGCACCCCGCUACAUGCGGCACCACUCGGGUUUCGCACCCGAUUCCCCCCCCUCGUCUGCGUCCCCUCCUUCCUCCCCUCCCUCCUCUUCUUCCUCUUCAUCUCCCUCUCCUUCUGCUUCUUCUCCAUCGUCUCGCUCUUCUUAUUCUGUCUCUUCUUCUCCGAUUUGGCCUCGUCGCAUUCGGCAGGUCGAUUGGACGUCGACUGUGGCGCUGCUCCUCGGCCUGCCGAUUCCCUUCUCUUCGCUCGGCGCGCUGAUCCCAGACAUCGUCCCGUCCCUUUCCUCCUUUGUGCCGGCGUGCGCGGCCGCCGCGACCAUGCCCUCGCCUUCGCCUCCGCCGUCGUCUGCCCUCGCCUUCCGGUGCAGUGACUUGCUCUACGUGGCGCAGCUGCACCACGUGGUGGCGUGGGCGCAGCGGCGCGCGAUCGACGCGUACGCGGAGGCGGCAGGCUGCGCGUCUGUCGUGGAGGCGCAGGACGUCCGCCGCGCCUGGCAGCGCCUCGCGGUGCUUUUCGACCGCCUCCAGGCUCUGGUCGCGCGCCUCCCGCAGGCGUUCCGCGCGCGCCUCUCCAUGACGCCGGCGGAGGACGCGGAGGCCGCGGCGUCGCAGCGAGCAAGCGAAGAUGAAGAGGACGGUCUGGCGGCAGACGAGAAGAAAGGAGCGGAGACCGCAACGCCGCCGCGAGAACCGUCGUCGCCUCUAUCCCCGAACGAAGGCUGCCCUACCCUGUCCUCGUCGUCCGCACCUCCCUCUGCAGGCGAUUUUGCCUCUCUGGAGGCACUCCUCGAGGAGAUCGCCUCCGUCGCCGCGUCGUAUACGGCGGCGUGUGCGGCCUUCUCGCGCGCGGUAUUCGCGGCGAGCAAGCUGCAGUUCUCCACGUUUGAUGAGGCCUCGAUCUUUCUCGGCGUGGCGCUUUGCGCGGGCGCCGUGCUGCUCCUUCUCGCGCUCAUGCGCCUGGCGCCCAGACGACGCAGCUGCGCGGAGGCCGAAGUCGCACGCCCCUCCGCGCGGCUGACGCCGCCAGCGCUUGGCGAGACGGCUCCCCUGGGAGGCGCGAGGUUCCACUCCCCCGCUGAGCAAGCGGGAGAGGCUGCAUGCGCCGCGGAGCCUCCGAAGAGCGCAGCCACUUGCGACUUCAACGCCGACACAGACACGGAAGAAAAGGAGACACAGGAAGGCGAUUCGACGCCCGAAGAGGCACAAACGGCGAGCCUCCCCCCUGCGGCGCGUCCUCAGGCUCUCCGCCGCCAGGAAUUCGGCGGCGCAAGCCCCGUGAUUCGCGCGGAGCCUCAGUUUUUUAGCCCUACGGGGCCGUUCACGAUUUGUUUCAUUCUCUCGAGAAAGGCCGCGGACGCGUUCGGCUCCUUCGCGGUCGGACCGCUGCUCGCGAUUUUCCUCUUUAGCGAUUGCUACUGCAUGCGCGAGCACGCCGCAGUUCGCUUUCUUCUCUGCCUGUCGGUCCUCUUCGUCUUCGCCAGUCUCUGCUUCCUCGCGCAGACGCACGCGGGCGAACGUGUGGGCGAGCGGAGAAGGCGCGCAGCCUGCGAGAGGGAGACUGCGAAGAGAAGAAACUCUGUGUCGCAGAAGGGAGCUGCAUCGGCUAAAGGACAAGCAGACGAAGCGAGGAGCGAGGUCGCGGACGCGAAUCAAGCCAGAAACCUCCGCGGCGCAGCGGAGUCACGGCAUGCCCACGAUGCGGAGAAGGAUGCCGAGAUCGAAGAAGCGGAACGUUGGGCAGAGAGGAAAGAAGAAAGAAAGGCUACCCGCGCGGCCCUAGUCAGGGCUCUUUUGCUUCUGGUGCUUCUUCGCACUGACGCGCUCUGCGACCCUGUGGAGGCGCUCCCAGGCGAGCAGGCCGCGCCCGUCAUCCUCGAUUCCCCGCUGCUUUCGUCUUUCCUCCUUUUUCUCGUUUUUGCCUUCCUCGCGCCUCCGCGCCUUCGUACUCCCUGCGACAACUCCGCGGCGUCUCCUUGCGGCCGUCCCCCUUAUUCUUCUACUCGUCCUUCUUCUUCUUCGUUUCUCUCCUCGCUGGCCUUCGGCGCUCGCGGCACGCCUGCGGCUUCUGCAGCGGGCUUCCCACGCGCCUCGACGAGCUGUUUCAGACGGCGUGUGGCGCGCGUCCUCGAGUCUCCCUUUGCGCUUCCGGCAGUCCUUCGAGAUGUUCUGCUUCCCUGGGGGCUGUAUGCUCAGUAUGCGCUCCUCUCUAUGUAUUUUGUGGCGCAGCUGCUUGUCGCGUCUGCGCAGUUCACCCCUCCCUCCCUCUCGCCGUCGCCUGCGGCCGCGGCUCCAUCCCUCCUGAGUAGUCUUUCGUCGGCUGUCUCGCACGCGUUCUACUUUUCUGAGCUGCCGUUUUUCUUGUCUUCCACGCAUCUCCUUCCCAAAGUCCUCUCUCCGGUCUUUGCGAUUCCGGCCCUCGUCGUCUCCCUCUUCCGAUGUACGUACACUGCGCUCGAGGCGGGCGCGACUUGGCUCGGGGUCGCGGGCGGGCUGGCAACAGGCUCUGCGGGCGUGUCUCUGCUUGACCGCGCUUUGAGCGGAGGCCUUGACCUGGGGAGAUUGGCGUUCACUGCAGAGGGAAACCUCAGACUUCUUUACGCGCUCCACGCAGGCCCCUGUCUCGAGAGCCUCCAACCGACUGCGCAGACACUGCUGCUCGUUCUCCCGAGAUGCGUGUUUUUUCUCUCGCUGUUCACUUCGGUUUUCGCGAUUGCUGGAGCACUCUCCGCAGUCGGGGCCGCCUCAGUUAGAGGAGGAAACGAGACAGGAAACAAACGAAAACGAGGAGCCUUUGAAGUUGGGGAAUGCGGCUGUCCGGCGUGCGCGGCGGCGCAGCUCGCGAGUGCGGUGGUCGUCGGGUGUACGUACACCUUGAUUUGCGCACUGCUUCCUGCGUUCGUUGCUCUCCUGGGGAAUUCAAGGAUGUUUCCGCUCUUCCUCGCGCUCGCAGAGGCGGCGCUGCUUCUCGAUCUCCUUGUCACGGACUUUCGUCCUGUGCCGCCGAAACGUGCCCGCGUCUCGGGUGAGGCCGCCCCUCCUCUCUCCAUCUCCUUCUCUCCUUCUUCGCCGUUUUCUUUCGCCUUCUUGGCGUCUUCUCCUCCACCAUCUGGCGAUCUUUCGGCUCCUCUUCUCGCGGGCGGGCAGCGUUCGCGGGCUGCGUGCGCUCCGUCUGGUGCGUCGCCUGCGUCUUCGCCUGCCGCAUCUUCUUCCGCGGCGUCUCUCGUUCCCGAAGGCCUCGCCGCGGCUUCUCUCGUUCUUCUCGCCUUCCACGUUUUCUCGCUUACCGGCCACCGCAUGACGUUCAACGACAUCCCCGUGGAUGCGGCUUUUGUUGGGCUCUCUUCGUUUCACGCGACGCUCUCGAUCGUUCUCACGUUCCUCCACGUUUUCUUUCCUUUCCUCCUGCUUCCUCUACUUCUCGCACUCGUCCUCUUUCUUCGAACGGUGCCGCGGCUGGGGUCAAACGUGGCGUGCAGCGCGCCACGAGGCGCGCAUGCAGACUCAGUGGAGCGAGGAGGAGGCGGCUCCGCCGCAGGCACUUGCCCCGAAAGCCGCGGCGGAGAGCGACAGACAGCGAGUCGCGCGGCAGUCUCCCGCGAAGAUCCUGCCGCAGAGGCGCCUGCCUGCGCGGCGGCCAUCGAGCGGCUUUUCACCCCUGCGCGCGUCUUCGUAGGAGUCCUCGUCUUCGCGGCGGUGCGCCACGCAUGCUCGAUGCUUUCUCUUUUCGCGCUGCGGCGUCACCUCAUGGUCUGGUCUGUCUUCGCGCCCAAGUUCCUCUACGACAUCCAAGGUCUCUUCACGGUGCAUCUCCUCUUCUCCCUCUGCGUGGCGUUUUGCAUUUUCAUCGUUCGUGUGUGUCUCCAUGCCUCGCACGUCGAGGCGAGCGCGAGGCAAGCGAGGCUUGCCAAGUAG